AUGGCAGCCGACCCUCUAACUUCUGCAACCGUCGAUGGGCUCUUCAACUUCGAUUCGACCGACGACGAAGAUCCCUUCAAGGACAAGCAGACGCGCAAGGCUCGCGACGAUAAUACAACCCUAAACCCUCGUCCAGCGAAGCGCAAAGCCGGAGAAGAUGGCGGCUUCGGUGCCGACCUUGGUUUGGACGAGGAAGUGAAAAUCACCAAGAAAAGAAAGCCCAUUGCCAAACUGGAUGAAGCGAGACUCCUUUCCGCAAAUGGAAUCCCGAAACUCCGCGCGCUCGCGCUUUCAGGCAAGUUCGCGAAGAAACUGCAUCUCAAAGGCAAAGGACACGAGUUCUCAGACGUGGCUCGGCUACUGAAUUACUACCAACUGUGGCUGGACGAAUUAUACCCGCGGGCCAAGUUCGCAGAUGGCCUCCAAUUGAUCGAGAAGGUCGGGCAUAGUAAGCGAAUGCAGACUAUGAGGAAGGAGUGGAUCGACCAAGGCAAGCCCGGUUAUGCCAGGGACAAGGGACGGCAGAAGCAGGACGAGGAGCGAGAAACGGACGAUCUGUAUGGCGACAACCCCCCCGCCGACAAGAAUAUCCCAGGCGCUGCAGUGGAUGGUGACGACUCGUUGUUCAUUCCUGACACUGGAGCAAGCCAUGAACCGGCUGCCAUAUUCGACGACAUGCCUGAGGACGACGACCUCGAUGCGCUGUUGGCCGAGCAGGACACCUCUAUGACACACACUGCUCCGUCUAGACUACGGACUGCAAUGGAUAUGGACUCUGAAGGCGAAGAUGAUCUUGAUGCCUUACUAGCAGAGCAAGAGACUCGAAAAGCCCCGACGUCGACCACAUCGGCAUCUAAGCCCGUUUCUAAGGUCAAAACGUCUCCCUUUGAUGAUGACGACGACGACGAUGAAGACAUGGAUGAUUUGGAUGCUCUACUGGCGGAGCAGGAAACACGUGCGAAUCUAAACACUGCCAUUACAGACCCGGCGACAGAGGCGCCGAACAGUUCUGCCACAACACUGAAGAAGAGUACGACAACUCAGGACGAAGAUCUGAUCGUCGAUGACAUUGACGAUGACCUCGACGCAGUUCUCGCCGAUCAAGAGGCACUUCAGCAGGCCAGCACCAGACCGCAAUCUUCUGCGCCUCCAGGAACGACGACCGGCCACUCGAUCACGGAUGAAACACCAGGAGACAACGCCGAGGUCGAGGUUGAGGCCGAGGCCGACGGCGACGACAUGUUUUCUUCAUCACCGGUACAAGGCACUGCGAAUCCCACGCAAGACUUCCAACAGACUCAAAGUUCAACACGUGCAGCCGCAUCGGUAUCGACAUCCACUCAGGCUCGCGCUGGCGCCGAUGACACAAUUCAAAGAUCUCCACAUGCAGAAGCGGAUGAGGCUAAGCAUGGAGCGGAAGAGCAAGGUGUCAUGUCUGCAGACAUGCAUACUGAGGAACAAGAAGGCGGAAGAGAACAAGAGAACCAACUCCAACCACAAGCAGAAGUAGAAGUCCAAUUGCAGCAGCAUGAGCACGAGGAGGAGCAAGACCAACGGCAAGAGGACUUAAAAGAACAGGAACCCAAAGACCAUAUCGAAGCCGAGGUCGAAGAAGAUCUCGAGGCAGACGACAUGUUCUCAUCUUCCCCAGUGCAGAAUGAUUGA